AUGUAAUAAAAGUUAGAAACAAUAAAGGGUUGGGAUAUUGACACAUCAUUUGAAUCUCAAGGAAUUUUGAAACCCAAGAAUAAUUCGGUCAUAGCAGAGGAACCUUGCUAAACGAAAACACUCUCAUCUGAAAGAAAACCAUCUCCUAAGAAAAUAAAUAAGACACCGAAAACUCGAACUCCAAUCAAUUCAGUCCACUGCGAAUAAGGAAGCCUUAGCUCGAAUUCUCUAGGCAAGUUGUAUGUUAAAAAGUAAUUCAAACAGCCUCUCCCUCCUCCUCAGCUCUUAACAGUGUCUAAAUUAAAAUUAAGAUUGACUGCUCUCCCACAAUAACCUACAAUCCCUCAAAAAGCUUACUCAAGUGCUCAAUUAAAUACUAUUUUGCAAUUGAAAAGAAAGAAUAUGUAUUUACAGUCUAUCUUGAAAAAAGUUAAUAAUAAUGAGAGUGAUGAACGCUACAAUAAAUCAUAAUCCGAUCAAUUGAUGGUUACUCAUAACAGAGCUUCACAAUCGAUGUGGAUGGAGAGCACUAUGGCCAUGCGCAGUUUCUUUAACACUCGAAUAGGACAUUUUAAAGCAAACGGAACCAAGCAUAAGUUUGCAGUGUGA